AUGGCCAGGCGUGUGGCGGAGGAACUGGGCAACCUGGAUUUACUAGACGAAGCCAAAGAUGAAAUAUACGACGUUCUUUCGGAAAUCCACCGACCAAACUCGUUCGCUUGCUGCGGUGUCGCCGAAGACGCUCAAGAUCCAGGGCUCUACUUGAUUGACCAUGGUCCCAUUCGUCUGCCCCUUUCAAAAGAUGGCGCCGAAGCCAUCAUCUCAAAGUCCACGCAAAGCCCGUUCGGCAAGGGCUCAGAAACGAUUGUUGACACGUUGGUGCGGAAAUCCUGGCAACUCGACCCCUCUCAGUUCGCCAUUUGUAACUCCAAAUGGGAUCAAAUAGUUAGCGACGUGGUCGACGAGGUUCAUAGCGAGCUCUUCAUUGAAUGCGAUGUGAAGAACGUAUCGGCACAGCUGUACAAGAUGCUCUUGUACGAGGAGGGUGCCUUUUUCAAGCCUCAUAAGGACAGCGAAAAGACUCCUGGGAUGUUCGGGACGCUGGUGAUUUGCCUUCCGUCCCCCCACGAGGGUGGUGAGCUCAUUGCGACCUUCAACGGCGAGACGAAAUCGAUCCAGACUGCGCUUAACGCAGAAUUUGACAUUUCGUACGCGGCUUGGAACGCCGACGUGCUUCAUGAGGUGAAGCAUGUUGUAUCUGGGUACCGUCUUGUCCUGACCUACAAUCUCAUUCGCCUACGUGUGGACGAUGACCGACUAGACAUGUCUCACACGCCUUCCGACUACAAAGAAGACCUGGUUUCAGCGUUGACGAAGUACGAAGAUGGGUUACAGGAACCUAACUCUAAGUUUCCAAAUUUCCUGAUAUAUCGAUUGGAGCAUCAGUACACCCAAGCCAGUCUUCGCGCGGACCUGCUGAAGGGAGCAGAUCUCGGCCAAUUGCAGUUCUUGAAGCAAGUAACGGACGACCUCGGCUUUGGAGUCUAUCUUGCGAGUAUGGAGAAGGAAAUUAUAAAGUCGGAUGAGUGGGAGGACGAAUCAGAGAUCUCUCGAGACAUCUCUUUGACGUAUGUGGUUGAUUUGGACGGUACACGGAUCGACGAUCAGAGGUCAAGGUUCGGAGUCAAUGUCAAAGAGGAGAUGAUUAUCGGUUCUGAACCUUACGAUGAAGAGGAACCGGAUGCCGAGGAGCAUUCAGGAUAUACUGGUAAUGAAGGCUGUACCGCCACUUUCUGGUAUCGUGAUACGGUUGUCGUGAUUGUUCCACCAAUCAAGAAGAUCGAUUUCUUGUAUCAAUGCGACAAACGAUUCGAGCAUGUGAGUUCUUGGAUUCGGCAAUUACGUCAAGACUCCGAAACUGAUGAGGCUGUCCAACGCGACCUGAGGGACCUUUGUGACGUCGUGGUUGCAAAUAUGGAUAAAUACCGCUUCGGCUGGUUGAUGGAAUCACCUGAAGAGAAGAAGCAUAGGACCGCACUCACUAACGAAGUUCUUGCAACUGCGUUGCAGUGGGAGAGACUGGAUCUGUACGACAAGAUAGUCAAAGAGGCUUUCACGCCCGUCACUCCUGAUGUAUUUCGGUUGCUUGGUCAGACAAUGGCCCGCGCUGUCCAGCCUGAGUCUGUCAAGGAAAGGGUGAAGUACGCCAUAUGUCUGUCAAAGACACUGAACGAGAGGCAUAGUGCCUUGAUGUCACUGGUUGAUGGCAUCCAAUCUACUUCGACGCCCGAAAUUGCGGAUACCGCCGAAUUCAAAGCCUGGUCGAAGCAGAUUCUGAUUCAAUUUGCCAAGGACGCCAUGGGUGCUUUGAAGAUGUCAAAAGCUGAUGCCAUAAGUCUCGCCGAUAUCAUCACAAUAUGGGAGGGGAAGGAUAUUGAGGAGAAUGUACUACCAACUUUGCUGAUGUGCGGCACUUUCUGGAAAAUCACUUUCGCCAACAGCCUUUCGAGGGAGAUUGACAGAAUAGGAGCCAAAGAAAGGGAUUCUGCGUCUUCUAAGCUAUCUCUCGAGGCGCGUGUGCUUAUUAGCAAGAGAGUAUAUGCUGACAUCUGGGAAACAUUUGCGUUCGAGCCACUCCCAAAGACUCCUGCACCUAGCACCAAUGCGGUUCGAAGCAUCUACCAAGACCCACCUCAAGCAACAUUACCCACAUCGCCUGCGGAUCAUCUUCUUAAUGGACAUGACCUUGCAAUCUUGCUCGAACGUACGAUUUCUCUUGGCGUACUCACUGAAGCAGAGACGAAAGGCCGUCUGCGCACGACCCUUACCACCGCUGACCGCGACACUUGUGACCAUGCGCUACUGCCGUUCGUGCAAUUGGUCCUCGAGCAGCAGGUCGAGCAUAUGACGCUAGAUCGAGACAGCAAUGAAGCCUCCGAAGAGGAUAAGAAGCUCGUGACUGCCAUGCUUCUACACUUUAUCCUUGGCAGGGUUGGCACCGAGCCCAGCACCAACUUCCACUGGUCUCAGCCAAAGGGUGGCUGCCGUCCUACCUGCUCUGAUUGUUCUUGGGUCAAUGACUUCCUCGCCGAUCCCGCUCGUAGAGUUGGCCAAUUUCCCAUGGGCAAAGCUCGGCGUCAUCACGUGCAUACCUAUUACACGGACAACGCAGGUAAAAACUACACUGUGACGACUCUCCGAAACUCGAAUCCCAAUGUCUUGCAGAUUACCAAGAAAAAGAGCAAAGCUGAGACCGUGCACGACAACUGGAAGCAAAGGAAAGCAGAGGCGAAGGAGAUGAUCGCGAAGCUUGCGCGUGUCCCUUGCUUUCAUCUUUAUGUUGAAGAGACUAUGCGCGCACCGAUCCUCGCUGUCGAAGCAGCGAAGCUUGUGGCCCUGGAGAGACAACCGUUACAUGCAGCUAACUUCAAUCGCCCUCCUGCCGCUGGCUCGAAGAGAGCUGCUCCAGCCGAUUCAGACGGAGAGGAGGUCUCCAAGAUGGCGAAGACAGAUGCACAAGCUGCACGCAAAUCUGUGCGGACGAAACGGGGGCCUAUAGAGGUCAUUGACCUGACUUGA